AAAGAUUCUGUAAAAGUUGAGUGUGGGGGCAAGAAGAAGAAGAUAAAGGUGAGUUCUUUUGGAGAUUUAAUCAAAAGGGGUUCAAUGGAAAACAAUAGUAGAAGCAAGUUCAAGAAAAUUUGUGUUUUCUGUGGAAGCAACCCUGGCCACAGGAAAGUCUUCAGUGAUGCUGCUAUUGAUUUGGGGAAUGAAUUGGUAAGUAGGAAAAUUGACUUGGUCUAUGGUGGUGGAAGUGUUGGAUUGAUGGGAUUGAUUUCCCAGAGAGUCCAGGAGGGAGGUUGCCAUGUCCUUGGGGUCAUCCCGAAAGCUCUUGUGCCUAUUGAGAUAUCAGGUGAAAGUGUUGGUGAUGUAAAGAUUGUUUCGGACAUGCAUGAGCGGAAAGCUGAAAUGGCUAGUCAGGCUGAUGCCUUUAUUGCACUUCCAGGCGGAUAUGGAACCAUGGAGGAAACUCUGGAAAUGAUAACAUGGGCACAACUUGGAAUUCACAAAAAACCGGUUGGUUUGCUAAAUGUUGAGGGUUAUUAUAAUUCUUUGCUUGCACUAUUUGACAAUGGUGUUGAAGAAGGUUUCAUUAAGCCAGGGGCUCGUGACAUUGUUCUUGCUGAUCCUUCAGCCAGAGAGCUUUUAAGCAAGAUGGAGCAAUAUACUCCUUCACAUGACCAUGUUGCUCCCCAUGAAAGCUGGCACAUGGAGGAGUUGGCUUAUCCAAAGGAAGAGUCUCCAUGACAAAACACAUUCUCUAAUUAGGCCAAUUUCCACAAUAGAAGUCUGAUAUGAUUCAUCAUCAUUAUCUCUUGGAUGAGAAUUAUUCAGGUGGAGCCACAUAUAAUUGCAUCAUUGUGUCCUCUUGUCAUUCUUGCGGUUACAUUUAGUACAAUCAUUGUUGGUGUUUUGCAUAAGCUAACAUUGAUUUAUAAAUUGGUCAAUGGAUGCACUGUUUUGUGAUUA